GUGAGAUAUCGCGAAAAUACAAGCAUUUACUGCUUAAAAAUUGACUCAAGUUUGGGUUAGGGUUUAAGCAAAGAGGAGGAAGAACAAUCAAGUCCGAGGCGGUGCCAACAGGAGAAGAUGUCGAAGAAGAAUAAUUUAGCUCGUAGAAAGAAGCAGCACGAGUUCGAUCUCCAAAGAGAGAAGGCAGAGAAAGAAAAGCAGGCUAAGAAGCUUCAAGCAAAGAAGAAUAAGAUGAAGGUUGAUGGGAGUGAGAAUAAAAAGAAGAAAGGUGGAAGUGGGUUUCAAGUAGGGAAGAGAAAAUUGAAGACCAAGUUGACAGAAGUGGCAAAAGCUAAAGCAGCUCAAGCUAUGGAGCUUGACAAAUGAAGGUUCCUGUAAUAAAAUUUUGAGCUUCACGGUUUUUGUGAUUUUAAUGGGAAUAUAUAUAUAUAUAUAUAUAUAUUUAUUUCUGUUAAAUUUUGCUUAUUGAGAUUAAAGUAUAUGUUAGCUUGAGAAUUUUUGAUAGUGUGACAGCAUGAUUUAUAAUGAAUCUGUUUUAGCUGACGAAUUUUCUUAUUAAGAUAAGUAUGUGUUGGAAAACAUGGCUAAAGAGGCAACAUGAUCUCAUAUCCAGCCUUUGUUGUCUAAUGGGAAUAUUUGCUUUCCUUCAAUCAUUUUUUUUAGAGCUGAGAAAUUUUUUGGAUUUGGUAAUGUGUGAGACUGCAAUAUUUAUUUUAUAUCAAUACAUGAUGGGAAGGCAAGAAGAUUGUUGAGGAUCAAGAAAAGUUGACUCUUUGUUAGGAUCUAUAUAUAUAUAUAUAUGAGUGUGAAAAAUAUUAUGCUGGAUACUAGAAGAAACUCCUUGGAUGGCUGUUUCUAAUGUUGUAGAUUAUGAAUGUGAGAUGAUUUUCUUAUGUUGGUUAAUGAA